CAAAGUCUGUUUUCAGAUAUGGUAGGCAAGAUGCCUGCACUUUGCAUGUCGCGCCCGUUCCUCCUACUUUCGUUCCCCUCUCGCCUUCUUUCGUCAACCACUUUAUUAUCUUCUCGAAGGAUUUCUCGUGACCGCUGGCGGUUCUCGGGCUGUUCUACACGUCUCUCCCUCCUUAACUGCCCAGCUCUUCACACUUGGUCUGAAACGCCCGGCAUGUGAGAAAUUUUCGCGACAUGGAACUCAACCACCGGCAACAACCAGGCAUUGACUACAUUCACCCCGAGAAGGAACUUUACGCUGGAAUCUGGACGCUCUACGCUGGCGCUACUGCUUUUCUAGCUGCACGUCUGUGGGUGAAGACGACUCGCCGCCAUGGGCUAUGGUAUGAUGACUACAUCCUCAUCGUGUGCUGGAUCAUCCUUACGGGUAACAACAUUAUCAUCACAAUAGAGUAUGCUACGGGAUAUGUGACGCCUACAUGGGACGACCGAAUGCGAAUCCUGAUCAUCAUCUCGUCCUGCGGUACUCUACUCAAUCAAAGCCUCACAAAGACUGCCUUCGCCGUCACCUUGCUCAAAUUGACCCGUGGUUUCUCGACCUGGAAGAUAUGUCAUGGCAUCCUGUGGUUUUGUAUAGUGAGCAUGUGCGGCUUCAACUUUGCCAAAAUCGUUGUCGAAUGGGGCCGAGUCUGCAACAACAGCGCCUAUGAUAAACCUUUCCGUCUCGACUUCUGCCUGAAUGCCGGUGAUCGCAGCCGAUUCAAAGAAGGUGGAAAUUAUUACAACGUUAUCAUGGACUUCAUCUUCGCACUCUUUCCCUGGGUCAUAACCUGGAACCUCGACAUGCAGCGCAAAGAAAAGAUCGGCCUCUGCCUCACCAUGUCCCUCGGCAUGGUCGUCGCCAUCGAAUCCGCGAUCCGCAACGAAUGGAAAUUUCAAGGGAACGCCGAAGACCGCUGGUACUUUUGGCGUAAUGCGAUGUCCAAUAUCUGGUACUCUUCAGAGAUCACAGGAACAAUCAUCGUACAGUGCAUUCCAGUCCUAAGACCUUUGGUACAGGAAGUCAAGGUCAGUUUGAGGAGUAAAAGAUUGGGAUCUAUGACUAUGGAUGCGGAUGAGAGUGGAGGGAUGCCAUUGGAUCAUAUGGGCAGUCGAGAUUGGUAUCGUCCUUCCCAGCCCCAUCGUUUUUCUUCUUUUUGGGGCUUGGGUGCUGUUGCUUCUGCUGCGCCUGAGCGUCAAAGAUAGAAAGAGGUAUACGAAUUUUGUUUUGUUAUGAGAUCAUUUGAGCUUACGAUUUUCUCCUUCUCGGAUUGUAGUAUGGUUUCCAAGAACGCUGACGGGAGGUUCGUUGUUGUGGAUCGGGAGGGAAUGCCAGAGGCUAAUACGAUUGGUCGCGCGGUUUGAGAAUCGAGCAUGGAAGACACAGAAGAGCUGCGCGAGGAUUUCGGGUGAUGCGGACGAACAUACGACGAUACGACGAAGUCUGACUUCUACCCGACAAGUGGUGGCUGUCGUGUGGGACAAGGUGAUAGGACACGUUUCUGCGUCUCUUGACCAGAGCAGAUUCUGGUGGGGAUACAUCGAAGAAUAUAGUGUCAAGGGUGUUGCAGGAAGUUUUGCUCAAGUAGCUUAGACAUCCUGAGGGCGGAGAUCUGAAGCCAUAUCAUAAUGGGGUUGCUAGGUGGUCUUGCUUGCUUAGGAGAGGGUCUGACUGACGAGGAAUUGCUCUUGUCAGGUGGCUUUGUAAAUAUAUGUACUGAUGGAGGUAUGUCUGUAUGAUCAAUUGUACGUGUGACGAUGGCGAGAAAUGUCUCUCUGUGGUACUUGCUGCGCUGUUUCAAGUCUUGCGUAUCGCUGUGCGCUUUCUCUUAUGUUUUGCCUCUGAGACACUCGGUGUGAAGUUGUCGAAGUGGCCCGAGCAGGUGAGAUGUAGGGAGAUGUGUGUCGUU